AUGCUGGCUGCAGAAAUGUCAAAAUCUUCGAAACUCCACAAAGGUGGCGCACCGCUCCGCCCGACACUUUUUUUUGUUUCUUUUGGGUUCGGCUCGCCCGACAUCAGUACCCGCUCCGACUCACCACCACCACGACCGACGAGCUCUUCUGAGUCCACCAACAAGCGCACAAGUACAGUCUUUACACCUCUUAUGAAACGCACAAUCGACCCAGCCGCAGGACCCUUGCAAAAGAGACCCAACACUGAGUCCACAGUAAUCGACGACGACGUCGAGAUCGCCGACGCCACCACCAUGUCGUCCGCACCACAGCCGACCGCGCAGGACUCGAAAGACUUCUUCAAGCCUAUCGGAGAGUAUGUCGCCGACGAAGACCAAGCUGGUUCUGGACCUGACGGCGCCGCUACCGGCGUCGAGGGCGGUGAGCAAAAGAUGGUCGACGAGGUCAGCUCGCUCUGCAUGGAAUGCCAACAGGAAGGUACUACGCGCAUGCUCCUAACUUACAUUCCAUACUUCCGCGAGGUCAUCGUCGUUUCCUUCUCCUGCCCGCACUGCGGCAAUCGCAACAACGAGAUUCAGUCCGCUGGCCAGAUCCAGUCGAAAGGCUGCCUAUACACCGUCCACGUCACCAGCCCUGCCGAUCUGAACCGCCAAGUUGUCAAGUCUGAGUGGUGCACAGUCAAGAUCCCCGAGCUCCAGAUCGAGAUUCCACCGAAAAAGGGUCAGCUUACCACCAUCGAAGGCCUCGUGUCGGACACACUCCGUGACCUCGAGCUCGACCAGCCACUGCGCAAGCAUAUGCAACCCGAGGCGUACGCCAAGAUCGAGGAGAUCUGUGACAAGUUGAGAGAGAUUCUGGGCGAGGACAAACCAUCCGAGGAUGCAGAGGCCGAUCAAGCUGGCGACGCUUCGUCAGGUCUGCGCAGUCUCGGCCCCGUCGGUGGAAGCUCUUCCUCGAUGAGCGCCGAAGAGAAGGCGAACCGCAAGGUGCCGCCCUUCUCGAUCCGCCUCGACGACCCAUCCGGCAACUCGUUUGUCGAGUUCAUGGGUGACGUCCAGGGUCGCGGCAUGUCCGAUGCAAAGUGGAGCAAGCGCGACUACCCCCGAUCCAAGGAGCAGAACGAGCUGCUCGGCCUCUCCGGCCCUGCCGCCACCGGUGCCGAGGACGACGAGCAGCUCCACACCACCGGCUUCGACAAGGACGCCGGCGAGACUGAUUUCGACAACGAAGAAGUGUACACGUUCGCCGGAACCUGCUCCUCCUGCAAUGCACCACUCGAGACACGCAUGAAGAAGGUCAACAUCCCUUACUUCAAAGACAUCCUCAUCAUGUCGACCAACUGCGACAACUGCGGCUACAAGGACAACGAGGUGAAGUCGGGCGCUGCCAUCUCGGAGAAGGGACGAAAGCUGACGCUCAAGGUCGAGGACAAGGAGGACCUCUCGCGCGAUGUGCUCAAGUCCGAGACCGCCGGCUUUGCUAUUCCAGAGAUCGACCUCCACCUUGCGCCCGGAACGCUCGGCGGACGAUUCACCACGCUCGAAGGACUGCUGCAGCAGGUGUACGACGAGCUCUCCGAACGCGUGCUCAUGCGCGGUGACUCUUCGGAGCGCGCCGCUACGUUCGAAGGGUUCUUGGGAAAGCUCAAGAGCGUCAUCAGCUGCGAGACGUUGCCGUACACGGUGAUCUUGGACGACCCCUUGGCGAAUUCGUACAUCCAGAACCCGUACGCUCCCGAUCCGGACGAGCAGAUCGUCGAGGAGCUCUACACGAGGGAUUACGAGCAGAAUGAAGAUCUGGGUCUGAACGACAUCAAUGUGGACAACUACCAGCAGGAAGAGACUGGUGCUGCCGCCGAGGCUGCACCGAACGCUGCUGCUUGA